UGAUGCUGUUGCUUGACCACUACUAGCCCCUAGAUCGGGCGGUAUCUGCAGGACAGCACAUGGUAGAAAGAGCUUGAAAACCCUCCCUGAGCCUUUGUUUGGGGAGAAACCUACUCCUGGGCUAUAGUUAGCCAUCGCGCCCCUCAUCACCGGCCUCGGUACAGUGUCAAAAUACAGAAUAAGCAGCGAUUUGCUGGAAAGAAGACACAGCAGAAUCGAUUGGAGACAGAAUCCUAGGCAGAUACAUUCUCAGCUCCCACCGCCUGGUGGGAAACCCACGCUUGCCUCAGUAUCACGGAUGCCUCUGUACCCUGCUGGAAUCCGAUGGGAGCAUGAAUCGAUCCACUCAUCGCCCCUCGGAACUCAUCGCAUGGAUUGCACAUGUAACAAGGGCAGCAGCAAGCACCAAUCAGUGUGUCAGGGUAAAAACGAAAGAAAGCCGUGGCCGGAAAGUUGUUCCACCGUCUGCCAGUUCCCUCGACUUUCUGGGUCAAUUGGCAGGCCGCUUGCCGUCGUUCAAGCUUCGAGCGGCGGAUGUUAAACAGAGUGGUUGCGUGAUGGCCUUGCAAAUAGACCCGUCGUGUGGCGCGGUGCAACCCGAGCCCGUGGAAGAACUUACCGACAGGCUGGCAGGUCGCUCGACGGGGGGUCGAGGAGGGGUGGCCAGCUACACAGGUCUUCUUCCACCGGCUGCUUCGAUGCAGCAUAAGCUUGGAAGGACUGUUUGCCUGCACCUCUCAGUCGGCUUUUUCACGCGCGAUAUGCGUCUCUCAACUGACGUAUCGACUGAUUCUUCUCCCUUCUCUUCCUCGAGGUGCGCGAAAUCUCACGUAUUGAAGAGGAUUAAGUCAGUCCUCAGAUCAUCGGUCGCCCUACAGCCGAUCAUACACUUUAUUUAAGGCGUUUGUUCACAAACAGAAGACAACCACAAUAUCAUCGACUUUAGUUGCGGCUGCUCGACUGACAGCUCUUGGCAGCCACCCUGACAGUGAGAUUUCCGCCCAGUCAUGCACUAGGCAUGGAAGUAUCCGACGUCCUCAACAACAUGUCUAGAGGCUGACUGCUGUCCACUCGCCGCUCAUGGCCAAAAAUUUACAGUGAUUCCCUGUACUCCAGAAUAACGCAGCCCUUUUCCAUGCGAUUGUUCAAACAAAUCGCUAGGAGAGUGCGAUAGCCAACUUAGUUAUUCUUUCCAGGAUCUGCGGCACUGGAUGUCCACAUCCUGGAGACGAUAAUCUCAUUGAUGUUCACAUGCAGUCAACCUCGCGUAAAUCUAGAUUUGAGAAGCAGUCGCCACAACAACAAUAACCGA